AUGUCAACACCACAGCCGGGUCAAUAUAUUUAUUUUAAAUGCUUUUCUAUUGCUAAAUUUGAAUGGCACCCAUUUACAGGCAUAUCAGCUGCUGAAGAAAAUUGCAUCAGUGUUCAUAUUCGAAUAGUCGGGAAUUGGACGAGCGAGUUAGCGAAAAAAUUUGAAUACUAUCCACAAAGCAUUUUUCGAUUAAGUCUUGAUGGUCCGUAUGGAAGUCCAGCUGAUGAUGUUUUCAAUUAUGAUAGUGUAGUACUUAUUGAUGCUGGUAUUGGAGGUACGAUUUUAGAAGUUGUUUUCCUAUCAUUCUUUUUUUGUCCCCCAUUUUUAGUAACACCCUAUGCUGCAAUAUUGAAACAUGUUCGUUCAUCCCAAGAAAAUCAUAUUCGACUUCGUCGUGUUUAUUUCUAUUGGAUAUAUAAUACUACGUCGUGUUAUGAAUGGUUUGCUCAAAUUUUACAAGAACUUGAACGUGAACUUGGUAGUCAUACUAAUUUUCUCACGUAUAAUAUCUAUUUAACACAAUGGGCAAUGAUUCAAGCACGAGCAGUAGUUAAAUAUGAUACUGAUCAAUGUGAUAUACGGACUGGUUUAUAA